AUGGGUGAAACUAGGGCGCGUGUGCAGCAGGGCGCGCGGGGUGUGCAGGGCAGCAGGGCGCGCGGGGCUCGCAGGGCAGAAGGACGCGCGGGGCGCGCAGGGCAGCAGGGCGCGCGGGGCGCGCAGGGCAGCAGGGCGCGCGGGGCGCGCAAGGCAGCAGGGCGCGCGGGGCGCGCGGGCAGCAGGGCGCGCGGGGCGCGCAAGGCAGCAGGGCGCGCGGGGCGCGCGGGCAGCAGGGCGCGCGGGCAGCAGGGCGCGCGGGGCGCAGGGCAACAGGGCGCGAAGGGCGUGCAGGGUAGCAGGGCGCGCGGGGCGUGCAGGGCAGCAGGGCGCGCGGGGCGCGUAGGGCAGCAGGGCGCGCGGGGCGCGCGGGCAGCGGGGCAGACCUAA